GCUUAUGAGUGGGAGGUUUGACGACAUGCAACACAAACAGCCACUAAAUGGACAGACAAGGAGGAGCACACAACAGAGAACAGGGUGUUUUCCAAUAAGCUUUGGAUUAUAAAACUAAGGAACAACAUUCAGGUAUCCUACGAUCAACAUGAAGAUGCCUGAUUCCUGUUUUUUCAUCUUUACUCUGCUUUUAGGGCAACUGUCGAUCACAUUAGGGGGGAAGAUUCUGGUGUUCCCGUUGGAUGGAAGCCACUGGGUAAACAUGAAAGUAAUCAUAGAGCAACUUCACGCCAGGGGCCACGAGAUCACUGUGCUCCGGCCCUCUGAUAGCUGGUACAUUAAAGAAAAGUCCCCCCUCUACUCCUCAGUGACUCUUUCCUGCCGCGGUGGGUUUGAAGAGAACUUUGAGACAUUUUUAAUUCGACAGCUGGAGGUCCGCCUUCAGAUAAAACCCGGAAAUUUUUGGUCCAACAUUUGGAAACGCAUGGAAAUGCAACAGGUGAUUCUGGAUCAGUUCUCCCAGUUUCAUAAGAAAGUGGGUGAUUUAAUCACCUACAUGUUUGAAAAUGAAGACCUGAUGCAGUCUUUGAAUGCUUCCAAGUAUGACAUGGUCCUGACAGACCCUGGCAUCGGUGGCGGUGCCUUACUGGCACGCAGACUCAAACUUCCUCUGGUUUUUAACGUCAGAUGGACCAUUCAGGGUGAAGCACACCUCCUCAUUGCUCCUUCACCUCUUUCAUACAUCCCCUUUACUGCCACCGAGCUCACGGAUAGAAUGACUUUCCCUCAGAGAUUAAAGAACGUCCUGAGUUACUUUAUGGGCAUGUUCACACUAUCAUACAUCUCAGAACCUACUUACAAACCCAUUGUCCGGCGCUUCUUUGGCCCUGAUGUGGAUUACUCAACCGUCUUCCUUGAUGCUGACAUCUGGCUAAUGAGAAAUGAUUUUGUGUUUGAAUUCCCUCGUCCAACUGUGCCAAAUAUCGUCUACAUAGGGGGGUUUCAGUGCAAGCCCUCAAAAUCUCUCCCGACUGAUCUGGAGGAGUUUGUCCAAAGCUCAGGAGAUCAUGGGAUUAUCGUAAUGACUUUAGGAACGCUAGUGGGCGACCUGCCCCAGGACAUCUCAGAAGAGAUAGCUGCAGCUUUUGCUCAGCUGCCUCAGAAGGUUAUUUGGAGAUAUACGGGACAAAGACCAAACAGCCUGGGCAAUAACACGCUUCUCGUCCAGUGGCUGCCACAAAAUGACCUCUUAGGUCAUCCUAGAACCCGAGUAUUCAUCACCCAUGGAGGCACCAAUGGUGUUCAGGAGGCAAUUUACCAUGGCGUUCCAGUAGUCGGGCUUCCCCUGUUCUUCGAUCAACCUGAUAAUCUAUCCAGGGUUAAGGCAAAGGGAGCGGCCGUGAUUGUAGAUAUUGCCACAGUUGACAGGAAUAUCUUCAAAGAAGCUCUGAUGACAGUUAUCUAUAACUCCACCUAUAGGGAGAACAUGCAGACCCUCUCAAAGCUGCACAGAGAUCAGCCGAUGAAACCUCUGGACCAGGCUGUGUUUUGGAUAGAGUAUGUCAUAAGACACAAAGGAGCCCGGCAUCUGAAGACACAGGGCCACAAAAUGUCCUGGUUUGUUUACAGCUCUGUUGAUGUUUUUGCUGCGUUGUCAGCAGCUGUUCUGCUUGUAAUUUGCAUUUGGGUUUCAGUUGUUAGGUUGAUGUGGAGAAAGAUUUUUACCCAAACAAAGAUAAAGCAUCAAUGAUAUAAAAAUAAAAACAAUGAUUGAGUGACA